AUGGUCGUCUUCAGCAAAGUCACGACCAUCGCCCUCGGUCUUUCCACCGUCGCGUCCGCCCUGCCAGGAGUCAAACCUCGCAAGUGCUUCACCGUCAACCAGGUCGUGGCCCCAAAGUCCGCACCCAAACCCAUCAACAUCCCCGGUGUUUACGCCAGUGCCCUGGGCAAGUAUGGUGCCACCGUGCCGCAGCACGUCAAGGACGCAGCCGGCAGCGGCAGUGUCAUCGCCAACCCUGAGGAGGAAGAUUCCCAGUAUCUGACUCCCGUUACUGUCGGGGGCAAAGUUCUGAACUUGGACUUUGACACCGGCUCCGCGGAUCUCUGGGUCUUCUCGACUGAGCUCCCCGCCUCAGAGCAAUCUGGCCACAGCACGUACAAGCCCGCUGGUAACUCCACCAAGCUAGACGGGUACACCUGGGAGAUCUCCUACGGAGACGGCAGUGGUGCCAGCGGUGAUGUCUACAAGGACACCGUCUCUGUAGGCAGCAUCACCGCACGAGGCCAGGCCGUUGAAUCGGCCAAGAAGAUCAGCGAGCAGUUUGUGCAGACUCGCAACAACGACGGUCUGCUAGGGCUGGCCUUUAGCGCUAUCAACACUGUCCAACCCAAGCCCCAGAAAACAUUCUUCGAUACUGUUAAGGGGGAAUUGGACGCUCCCCUUUUCGCCGUCGCUCUGAAACACCACGCGCCUGGGGCCUAUGAUUUCGGCUUCAUCGAUAAGAAGAAGUACAACGGAUCUAUCGCGUACGCUGAUGUCGACAGCAGCGAUGGAUUCUGGAAGUUCACCGCUGAUAGCUACGGCGUCGGUGAUGGCGACAGCAACUCCUCCAGCUCUCUCACCGGUAUUGCUGACACCGGGACCACCCUGAUGAUGCUCGACGACGAGGUCGUCUCAGCCUACUACGACAAAGUCUCCUCCGCCAAAAACGACCAACAAGCCGGCGGCUGGGUGUUCCCCUGCGACACCGACGUGCCCGCCUUCACCCUCACUAUCGGCAACUACGUCGCUGUUGUCCCGGGCAAGCAUAUCAACUGGGCGCCGCUCACUGAGGGCAGCGAGACUUGCUUUGGUGGCAUCCAGAGUAACCAGGGCUUGGGGUUUUCGAUUCUUGGUGAUGUUUUCCUGAAGAGUCAGUAUGUUAUUUUUGAUUCGAGGGGGCCGAAGUUGGGGUUUGCGCCUCAGGCUUAG